CGGCCCCUCCCAUAACGCUUCUCAGCACUGCUUCUGUGGGGGGGAAGCUGCUUUUUUAUUGCUGUGAUCAAACCAUUGCAAGUUUCUCUGUUGCUCUUACUCAGUCGAGAUGUAAAAAAAAAGUUGAAAUUUAGAUAGAUAUCUUUUUUCUUUUUUCUUUUUUUUUUACGCACGAGUAAUUUCUACAAACAGUGAAGGUGUGAGUGUUUGUUGUGACCUACGUAGUGUCAAGUCUGCAGCAACAGUCGGAUCUGUAGCCCUGCUGACAGGAUGCCGCACAUGUGGCCCUUUCACUGAAAUCCCAACAGUUGAACGGUAAUGAUGGCGUCGCCAUCAACUUCCGGAUGGGCGCUCUUCUGUCUCCUCCUGCUUUGGGACAGAGCGGCAGCUGGGAGUGAGAUGGAGGAGUGCUCCACGUCUCCGACGGGGGAACUCCACCCUGUUCAGGGUCUUUUGGAGAAGUUUGAGGUCGGUCCAGGCUGUGCUGCAAGGGAGAGCGGGGAUAAAGAGACACAUGUUAUUGCCAUAAGGAGAGCAACACAAAGUCCAAACAACCAGGUGACGGUUGUCCUGAAGCCUUUGUCUCUGUCCUAUCCUCCUAAUAGAGCCCUUACACUGGUGCUCAGCUCCCAGCUGCCAAUCAACUGGUGGCUGCAGGCAGAGGGGCUGCCCCCAGACCUCCCAGUGCUGAUACAGGUGUCCUCUAACUCCACAGUCCAGUCCUGCACGCUGCCUCUUCAGGUACAGCCAUUGCAUCGCCUACCAUUUCGUGCACGUGCAUUACUGCGCUGGACUCAGAAACAACACGGCAGCUUGUCCUCUCUGACACACACGCGACACGGCAACCGAGUCAACAUUCGACUGGGAGAGGAUUCAGCCUUGCCCACUGUGUGCCAGCUGCAGUCCCUGUUUCUCUCUCGGAACUACUUGACCUCUGACCUACAGCCACAGGAAGUGAAGGGCUGUGCCCCCGCAAUGACAGGAGCGGAAGACAUGGAAUUACAUGUGAUCAAGCUCCAUUCGGCUGGAUCAGGGCUCUGUGGCUCUUUCCAGGUAGAGGUGGUUGUCUCCCUGGUGAGUCCUGCGAACUCAGGGACACACAACGUGGUGCUGAUCCUCAGCAGCGCAGUGUCCGUCAACUGGGCGCUCACUGCUCCCGGCCUCCGUGGUCACAUCUCUGUUCAUUCCUCUAACAGUGUAUCCACACCAUACCCACCAGAACCUUACCUGACCUUGUCCAGCCAGCUGAACUUUGACCUCUCUGCCAAGCCUGAUCUUCUUGCCUGGGCCAGUAAGAGCGGCUUCCGCAAGGUGACCUCGUACACUGAGGCUAGCUUGGCCAAUCACUUUGUGAUCCGGCUGACAGGGAGCAGGACAGAGGUGGUUCCAACAAUGCAUCCUCUCAUAAUGCGUCCCCCUUGGGCUGAGGAGCAGCAGAUCAGGGAGUGGCUGAGCGGGAGAGGCAAAGCUGAAGGAGGCCGAUGGGCGUUCACGGUGCAAUGUGAUGAUGGACGACUCAGUGUAAUAGUGGACAGACACAUCCUGCAGACUUUGUCGGUCCCAUUGGCUGCCGUGACUCUGCGGGAUCCUAAAUGUCAGGCUCAGUCCAACGGCAGCCAUUUCCUGUUGGUGUUCCCCGUCAUUCUCUGCGGGACUGAGGGCCUGUUGCUGAGAGAGCCCAGAAGGGUGCAGUAUAAAAACAUGGUGCUGUUAUGGAGAGACAAGCCUCAGACAAUUCUGGCACACAAUGAGAUGGAGAAGACAUGGCCACUUCACAUACAUUUCAGCUGUUUGGUGGAGGUCCCCAGACCUCCCGCUGAAGUGCCUACCCCUCCUCAGUCAGGUCUGGUGCCAGGGGACCCUCAGCAUCCAGAGCCAGCCUUCAUCCCUGUGCCCAGGCCGAGAUCUGGACCGCUUCUCCUCUUGAAGCUGUUUGUCACUGAGGGCUACGAGCAGAGGAAUACCAUCCCAUGUGUCAUUAUCGCAGACCAUCGUGUGUAUGUGGAGGUGUCAGCCGAAGGGCCAGUUAGAGGUGUGGUGGAGGUCAAGUCGUGCGUGGUGUCUCCUCUGUCUGACCCGCAAAAAUCGCCUUUCUGGAAUGUGAUAACAGACGGCUGCUCCACGGAGCCCUCUCUGACCAUAGCCAAAACCAGGGGAGACGGAGAGGAGGACAAGCAGGUGGAGGUGGACGAGAACAGCGAGAAAGAGGAGGAGAAAGAGGGGUGGGAAGAAGUCGGCGGUAACGAGGAAGACGGCGAGGAUGUGAGCAGAGGUGUGCCUUUUAGGCAUGGAGGACGACCUCGGGGACGCGGCACGGCAGAUAGCGGUGAGGAGAGAGGGAGAAACACUCGGGUCGAGAGGGCGGAGAGGAGCAUCGGGGAGGGAGCAGAGGGGGAGGUCCAUUCCCUGAGGUUCAGUUUCAUCCUGCGACCCAUUUAUAACAACUCCAUGCAGUUCCUCCACUGCAGCCUUCUUGUGUGCGUCUCUGACUCGGCGGGGGAGUCGGGAGAGGGAUUUGGAGCAAAGGAAACGAUGGGGAAAGACUGUCAGAGCGGGCUACGCAUCCGUCCCCUUGUAUCUGAGACACCGGGCAGACAGUGUGAGAUCAGAAACCUCUCUAGGCCAAUGGUGGUCACCCAGCCCAUCAGUCCAGUCACAGCCAAACCAGUGGGGCCCCUUCCUGGCCAGAGGACGAGGAGACUCGGUGUAUCUCGGCUGGACAAACCAAGCCAAGAGCACGGCAACUCUGGAACAGUGGUGGGAAUUGUCUUUGCAGUAUUUGUUGUCGGUGUAAGCCUGAUGGGGGCGCUGUGUUGUAUUUACACUCAUACAGGCAUACAGCCUCCAUCCAUUAGAUGUGAAAGGCAGAGGGACCACAGUAACUGGAGUCCCCCAACACAGAUGGAUCAGUCCCACAGCUCUGUGUAGAGGAUUUCCUCCUGCAAACCUGAGACCGAAGGCAACGUGGGACGGCGCUUACAACUAGUUGGUGUGUGCACAUGAGCAUAUACGGUUAUGCGAAUGUCCACAGCGGUCAUUCUAAGGUGUACAUCAGAAAUAUGAGCG